UUUUUUUUUGAGCUCUCCUUUCAAAACAAAGAAUCCCAUGACACACCGACCCAUCGAUGCAGAAGCUACUGAGGCUCUGCUUAAGCUUGCAUCCAAAACCGUUGACGAUCAGUUAGGACGUGAACAAAAGUAUCCAGAACUGAGCGACUUCUUCAACACAGAUUAUUCCGCCAAUUAUGUGGCGCCCGAUCCACGGCAACAGAUACUUCGUCACAAACGAGCCAUUAGCUUGCCUGAUACACUUUUUGAACAAUAUAACCUUCUCGAGUGUCGUUGUUUCAUGGGCUUGUUCCCCGAAAUUGGUCGAGUCUGGAUCACAAUUGAUCAUCGUCUCUUUCUCUGGAAUUAUGCAGACGGCGGAAACUAUGAAUCAUAUGAGGAGCUAGAUCAGAUUAUUGUGAAUGUUGCUCUUGUUAAGCCAAAGCCAGAUACAUUUGAUGAUAAAGUAGAAUAUCUCUUAGUUAUUGCUACUCCAAUUGAAGUGCACUUGCUGGGAAUGUCGGUUGGAUUUGGGUCAACGCCGCACACACUCUAUAUCACCAACAUGAGUGUACCAACCGAUAAUGUGGCGAUUAAAAGCAUCGUGGGUACAGCUGAUGGACGUAUCUUCAUGAAUGGAAAUGACGGAAGGCUAUGGGAAGUUGAUUACCAGGCGGAAGAGGGCUGGUUCAGCAAAAAGUGUACUAAACGGGAAGUGAUCGGGAGUCCACUUUCAUUCUUUAUCCCAACUUUCCUCAGCAAAAUCAGAGUCGAUCCAAUUGUCAAGAUCGUUUUCGAUGAAUCUAGGCAGACCAUUUAUGCUUUGACAGAGAAUUCUAAUAUCGAGGUGAUCGGAUUGUCUGGUACUACACAUGCCAGAUCAACAGUCAAAGCAAGUUACAUUCUUCAGGAGGGCAAACGGAAGAGUAAUCACAACAGGGCCAUGGACGAAGGUCUAUUCAAGAUUAUGGACAUUCAUGUUAUCCCACUGACAGAAUCAAAGGAUGUCAGCCUUUUGGCUGUUACUGUGACAGGCUGCCGCCUCUAUCUUGGGCAGAAAGCAGCCCUUGACUACAAUAGCCAACGCUAUAUUGAUCAGUCGAGCUCGGGACCAUAUCUAUUACAUGUCCGGAUACCUCCAAUGUUCGAGAGCGCUCCGGAGGCAGUAAUGGGGGUUCAGGGUCAAUAUCGUGUACAUCAGUCUCUUUAUAACAAUGGUGUGUUCUUGGCCGCACAUUCGCUUCAUGAUGCCGCGGAUGCACUUAUCGCUUCUUCGCCAGAUUCUGGGCCCAUCAACAAAGCGUCAACAGCAACCAAGACUGUUGGCAGUUCAUAUAUUCCAAAGCUCGCAGAGCUUGCCAUGAUUGCAGGAUUGGAUGGAAAGAUCUGGGGCAUGUCCGAGAUUCCAGGCGUGGAGUAUGCAGGAGCUAUCGACUCUUCCAUUGCAAGGAAUGAGCUUGCUGUUCAACUUUCCAGGUCUGCACGAGAGUACCUUGUACUCACAAACUCGGGAGUUCAGGUCUUUGCUAAACGUCGACCUAUUGAUACCCUACAACAGUUGCUGCUAGACGGUCGUGGCGCAGAAAGCGAGCUGGCUUCUUUUUUCACUCAAUAUGGACGUGUUGAGUCAUGCGCAAUGUGUAUCGCGGUCCUCUGUGGCCAUCCUAGCCUCUCAGCAGCACCGGUAGGAUCUCAAUUCAUGUCACCACAUUCGACCGCUGGACCGAUUGCUGCAACAGCUGAAAGACUACUAUUGGAGUGGGGCGGCAAACGCAAUUUGUCGGAGAAGCUGGCGAGCGAACGCGCAGCGUCUGCAAACUUGGCAGGAUCAGAACUUGGACGGCCUGUUUCUCAAAGUAGUUCAGGACAGUAUACUUAUCGACACACUGCACUUAGCCUUUACCUAGCGCGAUUGCUGAGACCACUCUGGAAGCGUAAGGUCAUCAAAGUCAUCAACACACUUCGAGGACUUGUUGAUUCUGAAAUCUCUGACCUUGUGUUGACAGCUGUACAAAAGGAUUUGUUCUCCCUUCGGGCGGUAUUGAACAACAACAUUGAACUUUUUACGCCACGUCCAAUCGUGACGUCCAAUCCUCCGGGCGAGAAAGAUCAAAUUGAGAUUGAGAAUGCAAAUGUCGAGACCAAAUCCUUGAAGGCAUUACUACUCCUCAUCACACAGUGCAUUGAAGGUAUUGCUUUUGUACUCUUUUUGAUUGACUCCAAAAUGUCGGAAACUGUCUCAAAUAUUCCUGCAGAAUCACAGCAAGUACUUUUAAAUAUUACCUACGAGAACUUGUUGACAACUUCAAAGGGUCAUGAUCUCUGUCGCGAAUUAGUCACGGCUGUUAUCAACAAACAGAUGGGCCACCAUAUGAGCGUGGAUGCUGUUAGCGACACAUUACAGAGGAUUUGUGGGUCAUUCUGCAGUCCAGGGGAUGUGAUAUUUUACAAGGCAACUGAGCACCUACGCCAAUCAAUUUCCUCUAAAGACCCUGCAGAUAUUGAAGAUCAUGCAAGGGAAUCUUUGAGGCUCUUCAAGAAAGUUCCUUUCCUGCUAGUUGAUGAAACACAUGGACCUAAUAAGCUUCAAGGAAUUUGCAAAGACUACAUGCAGUUGAAAUUUUUCCCAGGUGCUGUUGAGCUCGCCCUCUCUUGUGCUCAGGGCGUUGAUCCAAGUAACAAAGCAGCAGCAUAUGUCAAGGAUGGCAUUAGCUCAAAAGACAUCCGGGCAGAACAAUAUGCACAAAGGAUGAUCUGCUAUGAAAACACGGUUGCUGUCUUGAAGGAGUUAGGAUUGGACUCUGCACAGGGACCAUUGUCUAGUUUUGCAUUCCAUACUCUGGAAACGGCUCUUCAGUUUGAUGAUUCACUCUUUCACACAUUCCUUUAUGAUUGGUUAUUGUCGCACAACCGUGCAGAUUAUCUUCUCGAGAUCUCUUCACCCUAUAUUGAAGAGUACCUCAAGCAGUGCACUCUACUAGAAUCAACACGGGAUCUGUUGUGGCGCUAUUAUAUCAAAGUGGAUGAAUUUGGUCAUGCAGCGCAGGAGUUGGGACGUAUUGCAGACUCGACACGCUAUCAACUCACAUUUGAAUCAAGACUUCAGUACUUGUCGCUUGCAGUCAGUAAUGCCAAGAGCUAUCCAGCAGGAUCAGACCCCAAAUCUGAUAAUGGUCGACUGUUGAUUGACCUGGAAGAGAAAUUAGAAGUAGGGAACAUUCAGCUGGACAUCAUAUUGAAUUUGAAGGCCAUGGUGGAUGAACAGAAACAUGUUUCUGAAAACCCUGCUUUUGACGCAGCUACGAGACUGCAAGCUGGUCAUGACGCUCGAGAGUUGGAGAGCCUUUUGCAAAGCUGUCGAUCUCAGCUCCUAGAUGCCAAUGGUUUAUAUCACUCAUAUGUAGAGCCUCUCAAGAUGUACGAUUCAAUGCUUGCCAUCUAUCACACUUCAGAUUUUGACGACGAGUACCAUAUACGGACUGCUUGGGAGGGCUUUAUUGCAAAAGUUUUUGUUGAGGCUGUCGACAGUGGACGUUCUCCAUUGACGGAUAUCGAGGUGCGUGUCAAGGAUCUAGGACGACGCUUUUAUCCGUCAGCCAAAGUUGUACCGAUUGCAAUGAUGGUUCAGAUUCUAGAACGCUAUCCAUAUCUGAAGCAAACUGCAAGUUAUGGAGUUCCAGCAGGAUGGGCUGUGCGUAUCUUGCGAGAAAUCGGAUUUCCGUAUGAGGCGCUAUUUGAUAGUUUCCAUGCCUUGAUUGAGACCAAGAAGAAUGAAUGGAUUGGACCAAGAGCGUCAUUGGUAUUGAUUCAAGACAUUGAAUAUUUGCUACGAGCAUGGCUUGCAGAAAGCCAUGGAUCUGGUAUUAUCGCAGAGUUGAACGAUGCACUGGGGAUCUCUGAGGAUGGGUGGCACCAGUACACCAAUGGAACUACUGUGAAUGGCGGGACAGUUGCCACAUUAGGACUCACCGGAACAGGUUCAUUGGAUCGAUUCAGGGCAAGAAAAGUGGAGGAGGCGAUCGAGAUGUACAUUCGUGUCCUCGAAUCUGCGUCAUGGACACCUGCACCUGUGUCUAGCGCAUUCGAUGAGAACAUUGGAGGAUCUGGAAAUGAGGUGGUAGCCAAGGCAGGUAGGCUGGUACAACGUCUUCAAGUUCUUCGUGCAAGGAUCCAACGUCUUUAAAAAAAUAUAAUUGAUAAAAGGGCAGAAAGUUGAAGACAAAGUUUGUAUUUGAAGGAUUGAUAAGCAUGAAUAGAGA